AUAAUCUAAUAAAUAAAAUGUUUUGUUGUUUUGAAAUAGAGAUAACAUUUAUGGAAUAUUGUAUUUAUCUGAAUUAUGGAAUUCUGUGUUUGUCAGGUUUAUGAUAAGUUAUUAUUUUAUUUAUCAAACUCAAACCAACCUGAGUCUCAUUUCUCUUCAGUGCUGACGUCUCUGCUGAGCUGCAUCAUUAAUCAUGCCCUCACAGCUCGUCUGACCAUCAGUCCCAGCAGAUCUCAGUUUUUUGAAGGAGUCUCUGUGUCUCUGAUCUGUGAGGAGGACGACAGCUCUGCUGGAUGGACGGUGAGGAGAAACACAACCAAGAAGACCAGGACUCAGUGUGCUGACUGGGGAGAAGCUGCUGGUUCUUCGUGUAACAUCAGUGUUGUCUUCACAAGGGACUCUGGAGUUUACUGGUGUGAGUCCAGAGAGGGAGCAACCAGUAACAGCAUCACCCUCACUGUCACUGGUGGAUCAGUGAUCCUGCAGAGUCCUGUCCUCCCUGUGAUGGAGGGAGAUGACCUCACUCUGAGCUGUCAAUCAAAGCCUCCCUCCAACCUCCCAGCUGCUUUCUAUAAAGAUGGCUCCCUCAUCAGGACUGAGUCUACAGGUCACAUGACCCUCCACCAUGUUACCAGGUCUGAUGAAGGUCUCUACAGGUGUAGCAUCAGCAGUCAUGGAGAGUCUCCACCCAGCUGGCUCUCUGUCACAGAGAAACCCACCACCACACCUCCUCCUACAUCCACACCCCCCCCUACAUCCAUCCCUCCCCCUACGUCCACACCUCCCCCUACAUCCACCUCUCCUCCACCUGGUCCUCCACUCUCUGUGCUGUUGCCUGUUCUUUGUCUCCUUGCUGUGGUUCUACUGGUGUUACUGGUUCUACUGGGGAGACGACACAUUCUCAGAAAAUCUAAAGCUGAUGAUGAAGAUGAAGAGGAAGGCAUCACGUACAGCGACAUCCAUAUAUCACAUGGUGGACAGCAGGACAUCAGCAGACACAGAGAGCUUCCAGCGGAGCCAGACGUCAUCUACUCCUCACUGAGGUAGUCCACCAGUCCAACCACUGAUGUCCUCUGCUGGAUCAAACUGGUUCAGACCAGUUUUUAAACAUCUUUACUGUCUUCUCUAAAUUAUUUCAUUAAUAAUAAGUUUCCUCUCAUUCAGUGUUCAGCUCAGAAAUACCAGCUCAGUGUCAUGAAUGUAAAUUUCUGGUAAAUUCUUCAGAGAAUCAGAACUUUGAUGUAAUUUAGGUUUUAUCUUUGAUGUGUGGACUCUGCUCUGGUAAACAUUUUAAGACUCUGGUUUCUUGGGUCUCACGUGUUUCACCUGUGAAGAUCUUUGGGUUUUAACAAAGCAAAGACUUUAACUUGUCCCAGUUUGACUGUGGCUAACCUACAUAAACCUCUUCUCAGAGCGGCGAACGGAGAACAUGAAGCCACAACCGCAGGUUAAAACAGCUGGAACAUUGUUCAGUCAGCAAUAUGACAGAAUAUAUGAAAAAAAACCUCUUUAGUUCAUGUUUGUUAAGAUUUUUAAUUGUUUUAUUAAUGUUUUACAACCUCCCAUAGUCUGGAAUCAUCACACCAGAUCAUGUACAGAAAAUACAGGUGCUUACACUGCCCCCUCGUGGUGAUAGAGUAGCAGUGUAGUGUGUGUGUGUGUGUGUGUGUGUGUGUAUGUAUGG